GCGAUUCGCCAAAAUAAUUCUGCUAAAUAAAACUUCAUAGCUCCAAAGCACUCAGCAUUUACGUACUUCGUGUUUGAGUGAGCACUGCUGAGAUUGUAUAGGCAUAUUGGUGUAUGUGUUUGUGUGUUUUAGUGCUGGUGUCUAUCGCGUAACGAAAGCGAAAGUUUAGUUUGCGCGCGUGUCGCCAACAGUAGCGUCGUUCGCGUCGACUGUCUCCAAUCGCACAUCUCGCGUCGCAGUCGCCGUCGCAGUCAGCGCCACAUUUAUCGUUGUUGUUUUUGUUGUUGUUGUCGGUGAGACUACCCAGAAAGGAAUAGAUUAAAAGCGUGUGAAAACAACAAGAAUGCUCAUUAGUUUCAAUGAGCGUGCAAUAAAUAAAAUAAAACGUGUUUAUGCUGUGUCGCCCGCUCCCUGCCUUCUAAGUGUGUGUGUUAGAGUGUGCCCAGCAACAAAGCAGCAGGCAACAGCUGUUAAGCAACAACAACUGUAAACGUAAACAUUCCUGCUACAUUUUCUGCUCAACGCUUUCCAACACACCAACGGUUUCAAUGGCGCCCACCAUCUGUUUCUCUGAGAAGACAGUGCUCGGAGUGGAGUUGAGGAAUGGGCGACGGCUUCGAAAAAUGGGCGUGGCACUUGCCAAAGCUAAAGCGGCUGGAGUCGCACAAAACAGCGCUGUGUUGCGAUAUGUUGCCAAUGGUUCGAUGAACUCAACAUUUCGUUGGAAACGCCGCCGUGGUGUCAGAAUGACACCCAGACUGCCACAAAACGCAAAACGUGUAGCAUCGGGCUCGGCUUCAGCUGCAAAUGGUCAUGUCGCCGAGAUAAUAUCGGAGCAGACGAAGUAUUUGAAGCGCAUGGAGUUCAAUUACAAUAAGAUGAGAUCGCAGUUAGUGUGUACACAUUCCAGCAGCAGCAGCACCAACAAACAUUUCAACAUCAAAACAGUAUUACAACCUACAACGGCCAAUAACAAUUGCAGCAACAGCAACUGUAGACGCUGUGGAAACAACAAGACAGCAACAGCCAAAUUUUGCGAUCAUAGCUCUGGCAUGGAUGAGGAUGAUGAUGAUGAUGAGGAGAAAGAUCGGGGAUAUGUGUUCGUUCGCGAGCCAAUCAGGCAGCCGCAGAUGCAGCAGGAACAACAAAUUCCAAAAUAUCGCCCACAUAAUGAUGGACUGCUCUCCAUUGCCCUUAAAACUAUCAAUCUGGUGCAACGCAACGAGAUUCUGCAGAAGCGCUUGACCCAGCUGCAGUUGGAGACGUCCGAGUUCAUUGCCUCGGUACUAGCCAAUCCCGAGAAUCGGCAUUUUCGUGAGAGAAUCACGGCCAACACAAAGGCGGCCAAUAUAGAGAGCAACGUUUUGCGACACUGAGCGAUAAAGCUGCAUACUUUUCGGCGGGAUUCAGAUAACGCCGCAUUCCGAUGUAUCACAGCCAUCAAUUCGACCCAUAGAUUUUUUCAAUGCAUCGUAGGAUCUGUAGACUGAAUUCGCCAAAAAUAUCUUUGUAAUGUCCAUUUAUUUUAUUUACAAUUUGCAAGUGGAAACAAUACAAAAUAAAUUUAAAUUAAUUUCGUUUACAAUUAGAUUUUUGAGAUUGAAAUUGAUGGCUGUGACAUGCGGAAUUGAGUUAAGAGCAACUCGUACUGAUUACAUUUAUAAAUUAACAAAAUGUUAUAUGAUUGUACACAAUCAAGCAACAAAGGAAAUAUUAUUACUAACAACAAAAAUAAUCAAAAGUCAAGAAUGAAACAUUUUUUUCUAGCCAUUAAGUAUGUUUGUUGUCAACAUUUUGUACAUCAAACAAUUUAUUUCUGACGACAUAUUUAAAAAAAAGGCUCUUAGUAAUACCUACUAUACUAUACUUCAGCGCUUGCAAAGCAAUUGGUUUAUUAACUAAGCCAAGAAAACAACUAUACGUAAUUAAAAGAUCUUCAGAACCCAUUAUCAACAAAAUAUAUAUCAUACAUAUAAAAAAAAAAGAAAAUAACUUGAAGCGUAAUUUAUUCGAAUUGUGUAACCAAAAUUAAUACCCAUUUAUUUGUAAGAGUAUAAUAUUUAAUUUAAAUUUUUGACUUACCUUAAUAUUAAACUUAUAAUUAAAUUGCAAAUAGACAACAAACUUGAAUCAUG